GUCAAAAAACCCUUAACCCAACAACAAUUCGGUUGUCUUUCAGAAAAAUUCCAAAAAUAUUUCUGUUAAAAAAUCAAGGAAACUAAAUUACAGAAUGCUACGCUUAGGCCGUGCUCUUUACGCUCAACUCUUGAGUCGACGUCGCUUGAGUGUCACUUCCCAAAGCGAAACCAAGAACGAGGCGGCCAAGGAGCUGAAGGCAGCAGCCAGUGGAGAGAUGGAGCCGUUAGAAGCAGUCAAGGAAGAGGCGCUGCAACGACCAAUUCUCAACGAAAAGGAUCUGCAGCAAUCACUCAACGCAGUCGAGAAAGAGGAGCCCAAACUGGAGGAGACCCACCUGAGCGAACGCUAUCAAAAGUUCCGGGAAAAGCUACGUUCGGAGGCGCCCGUGACGUGCCUGCCCAAAGGUGCACCACAUCCGGCACAUGAAAAAGAUCCCCUGGUGCCGUGGCCCAACAAUACCAAUCCGCAUACUGGUGAGAUCGGUGGACCGGCGGGACCAGAGCCCACACGCUAUGGCGACUGGGAGCGCAAGGGACGCGUCACAGAUUUCUAGAGAAAAAAAAAACAAAAAAAAAAAAUAAAAAAA